AUCUGUUUUCAAGUAUAGAGAAGCGUCAUUUUUAUUAUUACUCCUUUAAUUUGAACUAAAAAAUUUCAUUUAUUCGAGAAAAAUGAGGAACAUUGAGAUUAAAGCAAUUUUACGUGACGCUGAUUCUGUUAAAAUUAAUGCGAAAAAAUUAUCUGGCUGUGAACCGACCGUGCUCAAGCAAGUAGAUACUUUUUAUUUUGUUCCCAAUGGUUAUUUAAAAUUGAGAGUCCUUUCAGAUAAUUAUGGCGAACUUAUUCAUUAUCAGCGCCCUAAAGAUGAAGGCCCAAAAUUAAGUAAUUACACAAAAAUUUCAUUCACUGAUAAAUCUGCUCUUGAAGCAAUUGAUAAAAUUUUAACUGAUGCUAACGGAAGAGUUGGAGUUGUUGAAAAAACUCGAUUGUUAUAUUUAGUUGGACAAUCUCGAAUACAUAUUGAUAAUGUCUUAAAUUUAGGCAACUAUAUGGAAAUAGAAGUAGUUUUAGAGGAUCAUCAGGAUACUAAAGUUGGAGAGGAAAUAGCUAAUGAUUUAAUGUCUAAAUUGGGUAUUAAUAAGGAUGAUCUACUUGCCAAUGCAUACAUUGACAUGUUAUUACAAAAACCUUAAUUAAAGUACUUCGUAGAAUUUGAAUACAAUUUUUUGGUGACAUCUUAUAUUUCUCACAACAUUCCAUCAUAUAUUUAUACAUGUCUAUAUGUAUAAUACAGAUAUAGUACCUUCAACAGCACGUGGAGUGUUUCAGUGGUACACAUUCAAUUGAAUAAUCAACAAAAUAACUUAGUGGUUUUUAUUUUU